AUGCAGGAUGCCAUAUCGAUGCUAAAUGAGCUGGCGGAUCUGACCAAAGAAGAGGGACUAAUCGGAAUGGAACUUUCGCUCGUACACAACGAGCGGGCUAGGUUCCACGAGCUGCUGGGGGACGAGAGAAGUUUGCGCAUGGCACUGUCGCAGGCCAAGGAGAGGCUCCGAUCAUCCAACGUAUCUGGCCCUCGCGACCGAAUCAGCUGCCUGAAGAUCGUUCUUCGGGCAGUAAGUGGCUGGCAUGUCUUUGCGAUGCAGGUUAUGUUGGAUAUACAUCGCAUCUUGAGGGGCAAGGUAUCGCAGCCCAUGCAGGACCUUCUGCGCUUCACUGGAGCCACCACCAGACAACUGAAGAUGGUCAGGCACUGGAUUCCAACAACGACGACGAAGAAUCGGGCCUGGGGCCCCGAAGACGAUAAGGCUCUCGGUUCAACUCUAGAGAUACUAUCAGAUUCGGAAUCUGAUACGAUCGGGGAGGUCAAGCGGCGCGCAGUCCGUGCAGGGGUGCAAACUGAGGAGCCAUUCUUCCUCAUGAAGCGACAUCCUAUGUUCUUGCACAUAUACCAAGCUUGCAUAGACAAGCAUCUGAUCAAGGAACGCUGGAAGUCCCGGGAGACUGUCAUGCGGAUCCAGGGCACGAACGCUUUCAUUGUUGGGGAAGCUCAAACCGGUACCUCCCAAGAAUACAUUCGACGGUUUACCCUUUCCUGUAAAGGUUCCCUGGCGAACUUUGCCAGGGGAUCGCGUACAGGUGUGAUGCAGACCGCAUCGGCAAAGCGUGGCGUCUCCGCCAAAGGAGAGUUGGGGAUGCUGUUCACUCGUCGUCUUCGCGAAGGAGCUUUCCGCCUGGGCCUGACCUCGAAUGACAUCUAG